GUUGAAAAGUUGGUUCUUCCCAGCCAGAAACUUUCUCUCUGCGUGCGCAUGCCCGGAGUCUGGUGGGAGGUUGAGGGGGGAGCUAGGAGGGGGGGUUGAAAUAAGGAGGAGGCUGGAGGGAAGGGAUCGGUUCAGUCUGAGCUCGGCUGCUCCCGGGCGCGUUUGCACUGCGGAACACGCAGCCGGCGCCGGGAGCAGAAGGAGGGAGAGCACCUCCGUCCCCAUCAGCCAGAACACCUGGACACCUGGCCCCGCUGCUCGCUCGGAUCUGCGUGGACCCGCUGGAGGAGCAGUGGGUUGGGGUGGGGUGGGGAGAAAGCUGUGCCCCUCAGGGCCAGCAGAGACACUGACCUAGCCCAACCUCUCCUUUUUUUUUUUUUUUUUCCCUAGUAUUUUUUUCAACUAUUUUAUUUUACCAGCUCAAAUUUAGCCCAGGAUCUUUUAACUGCAGCCAGCGGUGGAGCACAGAUCGAGAUUAGAUCUUUAACACCCCUGCUCCCAAGAUCCUUCUCCUGAGUGGCCACCAUGGGAAGUAAGACCCUGCCAGCCCCAGUGCCUAUUCAUCCUUCCCUCCAGCUCACCAACUACUCCUUCCUGCAAGCAUUCAAUGGGCUGCCUGCUGUGCCCUCUGACCACUUAUCCAACCUCUAUGGCUUCAGCGCCCUGCAUGCCGUACACCUGCACCAGUGGACUUUGGGGUACCCGGCCAUGCAUCUGCCCCGCUCCUCCUUCUCCAAAGUGCCCAGCAUGUCGAGCCUGGUGGACGCACGGUUCCAGCUGCCAACCUUCCCGCUCUUCCCACAUGUCAUCCAGCCCAAGCAAGAGGCCACCAGUGUGACCCUCAAAGCUAAACCCCGCUUCGACUUUGCCAACUUAGCAGUGGCUGCCACACAAGAGGACCACUCUAAACUGGGACAGGCAGACAGUCAGGGCUCCCCCCCAGGGCUUGGGUCUUUGCUUGAGGUGACUAAACUCUCUCCAGAGAAGAAGCCCACACGGGGAAGGUUACCGUCCAAAACCAAGAAGGAGUUCGUGUGUAAAUUCUGUGGCAGGCACUUCACCAAGUCCUACAACCUUUUGAUCCAUGAAAGAACCCACACCGAUGAACGGCCCUACACAUGUGACAUUUGCCACAAGGCCUUCAGAAGACAGGAUCACCUGAGGGAUCACAGAUAUAUCCAUUCUAAAGAAAAGCCUUUUAAGUGUCAAGAAUGUGGGAAAGGAUUUUGCCAGUCCAGAACGCUAGCUGUCCACAAGACACUGCACACGCAAGUAAAGGAACUGAAACCUGCCAAACUUAAGUGCUGAAUCUCCAGCUUCUAUAAACUUUUCCUCUCCUUCAGACUUUACACCAAAACCAGAGCAGAAACAAAACUUUCAGGAUGGGAGCACUGAACUUUGUGUUUUGUUUUUGUUUGUACUUUAAAAAGAGGAAAAUCUGCACCUCCCUCCCCCACCCAAGCGACUAACUUCCUAAGAUGUGGGUGAAAAUAUUAUUUUGCAUUUAAAAUAUACAUGAGUGAUGCAGAGAGUGCUAACUGACUUGUGUGGCUUUGAUAAACUUUAUGCCAAAAGGUGGUGCUCACGUGUUGGACAGCAAUCUCUUUAAAACCAAACAAAAACCCACAAGUGCCGCCCCCCCAAUCCCAAGAAAAAAAAGAGAACUGUAGCUUCCGAAAGUAUUACCUUUUUUGUUUUUUUUUUUUUUUUUUUAGACCCAACCUCUUAUUUUAUACUAUUUUUCUGACUGUAUAAAGCUUCUUAUUUUUACACUUCAGGAAAUACAGAGAAUUCCGGAAGAUGUUUAAGAACUGAAACGGUGGUUUCUCAUCACAGCACCAUUAGGACAAGGCGAAGGUCAACUUGCAAAUCUCAUUUGUUAGUUUAUCUUCUUAAAAGAAGAAGAAAAUUAAUGUUUGAAAAUGACCUCAGUCUCUCACAUGAGGAGUCCUAUCACAUGCUAGAAAAUGUAUCCAGAUCUCAGACCUGCGGGUGCCCGGUGUUUGCGACAAAUCAGUGUUCAUGGGACAUGGAGAUCUCUUUCUUUGCCUUGUGGUCUAGUGGGCUGUGAGGAGGUUUGUUAGUUGUGGACUUACUUUAAGAAAACCCAGAGGAAAGAAAGAUGGCAAUAUGUCAAACUGACGGUAUGCACAACGUGGUUUUAGAGGUACUUUAAAGUCUUCAUGCGUCCUGAUGAGAGAGAACAAAUCUCGAUCUGAGAGCGUAUUUUUUUAAAUGCUGGCUUUCUGAACAGUGUAUUCAAAUUAAGAGACAUUCCAAUAAGUUUUGUUUAUUAAAAAAAAAAAAAGUUGUAUGGCUGUUUGGCACUUUAUGCUGAUUAUUGGUAAUUGACAUUUAUCACUGGAUUGCGUGUGUUUUUUAAGUAUUAAAAUAAAUCGUUAUUUUACAGGCAA